UUAUCCGCCGGCCAUGAACCGGGUUAGGGUGUUGACCGUCUCAACGUAAUCUGCUCAACUUUUACCUUGUAAUUUGGUAUUGUUUUCUGCUCUUUUUUAACUUGUUGGCUCUCCAACACAAUGCAUGUGCCUCAGGGAACGCCUAGUGCUGUUUUUAGGGGUAAAUAUUGGAAACAUUCAGAGAACGAAUGAGAUUCAAAUUACUAACUCUUAGGACAAGAAUGUUAGGAGCCACGUCAAAACUCAGUAUAUCCAGAAGUAUGGAUGAGUGGGAGCAGUACUUUGCUGAGAACCCAGCACCCCGUGGGUAUGACAUCAAUUGUGCUCAGCUAGAAGCCUUUUGUCAGGUGCAUGUCAACAGGAACCCAAUUGCACUUGUAACUUCUGGGGGCACAACAGUCCCUUUUGAAAGAAACACUGUCAGGUUUGUAGACAAUUUCAGUGCUGGGACUCGGGGAGCAGCCUCCACAGAGUAUUUUUUAGCACAUGGCUAUGCUAUUAUCUUCCUUCAUCGGGACAAGUCAGUUACACCAUUCCUUCGCCACCUUGAUCCACGGUUUCUCUUAGAUGCUCUCCAAGAAGUGCCAGGGGGAGUUUUGCAGCUGUCAUCGAUACACUCUUCACAGGUCCACCCAAUUUGGCAAGACUAUCAGCGUGUAAAAUCAGAGAGCCGAAUUCUGUGGUUGAAUUUCACAACACUCUCUGACUAUUUGUGGCUCUUGCGUGCAGCCACUCAGUGUUUACAACAGCGAGCACCGAAGGCCCUUUUGUACCUUGCUGCUGCAGUGUCAGAUUUCUACAUUCCACAAGAUAAAAUGGCUGAGCACAAAAUCCAGUCUGCAUCCGGUCCACUCACAGUUACUCUCCAACUAGUCCCUAAGAUGUUAAGUCCACUUGUGUCAGUGUGGGGGCCAGAACUCUAUGUUGUGUCUUUCAAACUAGAAACAGAUGAGAAAAAGCUUAUCGAAAAGGCAACAGAAUCACUUAGAAAAUACAAACAUGAUUUGGUAAUUGGUAAUUUGCUGCAAACCCGUCGGGAGGAAGUGACAUUUGUGACGGAAAAGGAAAGUAGUCUUCUUAGGUUGAUGGAGCACCAGAAAGCUGAAAAAAUUGAAAUAGAGAAAUUAAUUGUAGAGGAAGUGGUUAACAGGCAUAAAAACUUUAUUAAAUAUUAAAUCCUGGAAAAUGUCAAGUCAAUAAGAGGAUUAUUUAUCAGAAGUAUGUACUGUACUGUGUUUAAUUAAAAAGAAAUGGCAACAGAUGCAUAUCAGACUUGUAGCAUUACAAUUACAAUAUACAGAAUUUAAGGUAAUAAUAGAUAUUCUGUUCAACUCUAGUUUAAAUUUGAUAUAUAAUUUAAGUAUAUGGGAAAUUUUGGAGUUUAGAAUCUAUUAAAGCCAGUAUACUGUAUAUUUAAUCAUUUAAAUGAUGGUGAAUAUUUUAGUUUAAGUAAUCAUAAAUAUAUUUUAUUUAGUUCUUGAAAUGUAGAAAUAAUGAUGUAUAAAAACAAUAUGUUCAUAUGUAGUAAUGCAUAUAAAAUUAAGCUUUAGAUACAGCCAUAUAUAUAUACCACAUACAAGUAGAAAAUAUACUCAAGUUAUGAGUAAAACUUGUUAAAAAUUUAUGUAACUGUUAAUGCAUACUAGUGCUGUUGCUGCUUAUUGUACAGCAAUAUUGGACUGAUUCUUUUUUUGCUGGAAACUUAUCAUAUUGUAAUUAGUGUGUAGGUUUCCACCAUAAAUUGAGAAACAUAGAUAAGGCCUGAAUUUUAUUACUGUGUAAUAUAUUAUUGUGAUAGUUGCAUCAUUCAUAUACAGUAAUUGAAAGCUUUGAAUUAGCCAAAUUGUUUUGUAACUCAAAUGGAUUUAAUUACUCUGUAAUAAUAACACAGGGUUUUAAAAUGACCAUGAAGGUCUUGGAAAUAACAAGCUUUAGGUUUCACACCAUUAUAUAGUAAUAGGCUUCAGUUAUGUAAGCACUGCUGUUGAAGAAAUGUUUCUUUUGCCAUUGAUAGUUAACUUCAGCCACGUACAUAUUUUAGCUUUUUUGUUUUAUAACUAUUCAAAUUACAUUCUCUCUCUCUUCAGGAAUUGCUGCUGUUUAUAUAUUUUUUAUAAUUUCCUCUUGCUUACACCAUAUAAUGUAUUGUCUUAGUUCCUAACAUCUACUUCCUUUUUCCCUGUGCUUACUUGAUGAAGUGGCUCAUGGUUAUUUGGUGCGGUUAUUAUUCAUAGCGCGAGCAGGUGGUGGUCUAUUUACAUAGUUUCCUAGUUUAUAACCACACAACAUGCACAUAUUCUCUUAAUAAAUAUUUCAAGCAAUAUAUGUAAGCUUUUAUCACCUUAGGGUAUGAAGAUGGUUGUUGGUUGAAAUAUUAGGAAGUAUUUACCAUACUGUUCUUGUUUGAAUGUAGCUAAAGUCAAUAUUAUAUAGAUUCAUAGAUAAUACAUUUAAUUUGAAAAGUAACCAUGUGUCCGUAUUUCUGCUUCGGUUUAGUUCACUCCUUUUGAUGUUAUAUUUAUACAUGGUAGACAAAUCAAUACAUAAUGGACAAUCAGUACCGAGUUGUGAACUAUAUAUUAAACCCACAUCCUCCUCAUGAGGAGGGUAAAGAUGCCAAUAUGGCACUUAGGAGCUGGGAUAAUGUAGACUACUAUAAAUCUCUGUAAUUAAUUAUAUUUUGUUCAUAAUCCUAGUAAAUAACCUCAAGAACAUCACAAAUGUAGGCCUGCUGUGGGAAGUUGUAUAUUCCUCACCCUUUUUAAGUGGAUGUUAGGAACAAUAUUAUUUCAUAUUAUUUUUAAGUCAUCAUUACACUGAUGUAUUUCUUGUGAUAUUGAAAUUUGUCAAAUGUAUGAUUACAAUAUAUCUUGCCCUGAGAAUCACUUUCUCUGGUGUGCACUAAAGCAAGCUGGGAGGCACGUGCCUACCAUGACUUACAUGGGAUAGUAUUAAAUGCAUACAUGGAUUCAAGUGUUCUACAGGAAUCCAUCUCUGUGGUCCGGUUUUCAUCUCAGUAUUAGUUAUGUUAGGUAUCACUUAAGGUUUGGAAUAGUUUCUUCUUAUUGUUAUUUUGUCAUCUAUGUUCUCCAUUUCAUUACAUUUAAAUUUUAAGUAUUUGUGUUUCAUUAAAUAUGUAAGCUUGUAUGAAGCAUCCUGUUAAUAAUUUGUACUGUAAGCUAUGUUUGUGACAUACUUCUGUCAGAGUGUCGUUUACACUUGUAAUUGUGUUCUGGAUAAACCCAAGGAACUUGGGUUUCUUAUGUUCUUCGACUUCAUCUUGCCCAGUCAUCUCACAGUUGUGAUCAAUUCAAGGACUCCUACCUUAAAUAUUCAAGCAUUAAAGUAAUAUUGUAUUUCUUUACCAAUUUUAAGGGACCUUCAAAGAAUUUAACAUUACUGCUGUUAUGUUUUUAUGCAUUUACAGUGUUUAGCGGGAUGCUUUACCCAGAUCUGUAGGAAAUUGCAGAUGGGAUGCUAAUGUUUCGUUUUGUUUAGGCUGGAGGGGGAAUAACUCACAAACUCUCUGUAAUUUAUCUUGUGAUAGUAUCUAUUAGGCACACUAUUGCUUUACUAGAACUGGAAUCAUUUUUUUUAUUAAUUACUAUGUAUAGUUACCAGCUCAGUUUAUAAGAUUAUUUAUAUAAUUAUAACAUUUUGCUAUGUUAUUACAUUUUGCUAUAUUAUUUAGUACAAUAUUUUUAUAUUUAAUAGGUGCAGAUUUGAUUAAUGUGUUGGCCAGAUAUGGAAGCAUGGAGGAGUUUCUAGUGAAUGUCAUUAAGCUGCUUUAACCAUUACAGAUAACAUUUGAUGACUGGAUAAUGUUAUUACAAUCCUGUGCCAUGUGUAAAGUGGCAUGAGUGGUAUCUCCUCUUCAUUUGUUUAUUUUCAUAUUCUCUAGGUUAUUAUUGAAUUUUAAGAUAAUUUGUAAUUUUUUAGUCAUAUCCAGGAGCUUGCCUGUAAUUUUCCUAUAAGAAUAUAUUUCUGAAUUCUCAA